GACUUUGUUUUAAAAUUAUGUCGAGCAGUACUACGCAUGCGCCUACAUUUUUCAAUUAUUGUUUUUUCUAUCUCUUUCGAAGAAAUAUAAUUCUGAAAAUGUAAUACGACAGAAUUAUCCGAAUGCUUGUGCAUAGAGAUAAAAGAAAACAAGAGUAUAGAAUAGAAUAAGUCUAUCGAUUCCAUGUUUGUUGUUUUUUUUUUUCUUAUCAACUCGAAACAUUCUCUGAGAAUUUUUCAGUCCCGUUGAAACGAUUAUUCUUAAUUAAUAUUAUUAGAUACAAUUUAUAUCAAGAUAUUUCUAUUAAAAGUUACGAUUUAGUGAUGUACCAUUUGUUUAAUUGUUAAAAAAUAAACGAAAGUAUAACACUUUGACGUUCUAAUGCGGUUAACCUCAAAGUCUCGAUUUCCCGCCGUUGGUUCCACUAUUGUUAGUGAAUGAACAAGAGAAGAUGCCUGACCGCCGUCAGCCUAAGACCCUAGAGGGUCUUAGUUUGCGGCAAAUAUGUCAACAUCUCGACGGGUUGUGCCGCCGACUGCAAAUGCAUUCUACAAAGACUUCAUCAGCACAGAUGCUCGUUUACGCAAAACAAGUUAUCAGACCAUAUUAUAUCAAUGCCUUACCCGCAAGCCUGCGCACUCAAGUUAUUGAAGAAACUUCGAAAAUGCUCUACGGUCCUUCAUUGGAUGGUUCAUCUUUAAUUUCUGGUCCUGCUCCUCUGUAUUUAUUAGCAUUACUUCUUAGUCAUGAUAUCAAACAGUUAAAGGUGAAUCUUUGUUGUUACUAUGGAUGUAGUCAUCAAACGUCACUCUUAAAGUUAUUAGCAUCCGAAGGGAUUGGACUAGAUUCUUUAGAACUGGCUCGCUCUGCCUUACUCAGAUUAGAUUGCAAGUUGUUAAGGUCCGCUCUAUUGAACAUGAAAAAUCUCUUAAGUUUGACUCUUCGCAAUAUAGCUAACGAUACAGUACUUCAUGUAAUUGGGAAAACAUGCCCUAAGUUGGUACACUUAGAUGUAGCAUGUUCGAAACAAGUGACAGAUGCAGGAUUGAAACAACUGUUACUAGAAGUCGAAUUAAAAGACAAAACAAUGAUUACGCAAGAGCCACUUAACAGUUGGUCCAAACUGAAAACCUUGAUGACCAGACUAAAAUCGAAGCCUUGUACCAGAUCCAGAAAGAAAGACAAGGAAAAUGUUUUAUUGGAAUAUUAUGAAAAUCGUAAUUCUAUUUGUGAUAACCUGAAAAUUCUUAAUAUUGCUAAUACUGCCGUUACAUGCUCGGGCGUACUUUUUGCGUUAGUAUACAUAUCUCAUCUGGAAUCGUUAGCAGAGUACAAUCACAUGGGAAGAGUGGUAGAAAUGAUGAAAAAAAGACUUAUUGAAUUCGAAGCUCCACUUGCUUUAACGCAAGCAAGAAGCUGUAGAACUACGAUUACUCGUCUAGAACUUCUUGCUCGGACAUGCCCAAAAAUUGAAACAUUACAUAUUUUUGAACCUCAUCAUCCAGCAGAAGCGUUAAGAUUAUUUCCCUGUAUCACUUCUUUGAGCAUACAUAGUAUUCCUAUUGAAAGUGAAUGGCUAAAUGGUCUCUAUGAAUAUUUACACACUAAUGGUUCAAAUUUGAAAGAACUUAAUCUUCAUGUUGUUCAAAGUGACAAUCUAUUGACAAUAGAUUUGAGAAAAAUUUUCAGCGGUUGCCCUAAUCUCAGAAAACUAAUGAAGGAUGGCUCCGAAGUUAUAUGGUCGACAGGACCAGAUCCACCACCUCUCCAAUAUUUGAAAAAAGUUCGAUUGGGACAUAAAGUAUCUGCCGUGUCUGUAACUAAAAUUCUCUCCUUGGCGCCAGAAUUAACAGCCCUUCAUAUUCACAGUUGUUCUGAUCUAACCAACGAACACUUAGACAAAUUAUUGACUACGCCCUCAUGGCCCCAAAAGUAUAAAGAAAUCAACAGAAGAGAAAAUAGUUUAGUGCAGAAUUUAUCAUGUUUUUAUAUAUACGAAGCCAGCAGUGUAACAGCGACAACUGUGUUAAAUAUGUUUUAUAAUUGCAAACGCUUAAGAAGAAUCGGUAAUUUGAGUAAUUGGGGAUUGAAUUGUGAAGGUAUAAAUAUGUUAAGAAAGACGCUGGCACAUGCCAAUUUAGAUGUGGAUUUGUGUCCUGGUUCUCAUUGGUUUUGGAGCAAUUGUAUUCAGUAGCUCGUGCACAUUAAGACUGAUUAUUCAACUGUUUUGAGGCAGCCUUUUCAAGUAUCUUUAAGACCAUGACAUUAUUAAUUAGCUGUUUUAUCAAAAUCUCUAUAUAUCUAAUAUUUUUCAAAGACUCUUCAUUUAUCAGUAUUAAAAAGUCAAUACGUAUUUACUAUGACGAGUUUUGAAAUAUAAAACGAAAAAGAAGAAAAAUAUAAUAUAAAGUUGCCAUUUUCGAAUUAAAUUUAAAUUUAAUAUAAACACAAAACAGUAUAUAUAUAUAUUUUUUUUAUGAAAAUUCAAAUGUUAAUGAAUAAUAUUAAUUGUUCGAAAAUUAUAUAUAUUAUAUUAUAUUAUAUCAUACAAUAAUGUAAAAUUAAAGUAUUCAAACAAAAUAUAAUACUAAUAGGGUAAGCGACUUAAUAAUUUUAAUGAAAAGUUCAAAAUGAAAAUACUGUCCUUAUUAAACUUUGUUAUUAAAAUAUAACAAGAAUAUAACGGCAGGAAUUAAAUUUAAUAUACACGCAUUAGUUUAUGUUAUUGAUAAGAGGAAUACUUUUUUUGAGAAAUAAAUCAAAUGACAAGGGAAAUAAAAAAUUAUAUUUCCUAUCUUGUUUCGAGUAAACAAUAAUAAGACAAAUAAAAUUGUUAUUCAUGAACAUAUAUACAUAUAUGUAUAUAUACACGUUCGAGUCCAAUUAUAAUAGUUGAA